CAUGAAUGAUGGAUAAAGGAAAUAGUUCUGCUGUAACUGAGUUUGUGCUCCUAGGACUGACAGAUAAUCCACAAAUGCAGCUGCCUCUUUUUGUGAUGUUUUUGUUCAUUUAUGCCAUCACUGUAAUAGGGAACCUUGGGAUGAUUGUUUUAAUUUGCACUCAGUCCCAGCUUCACAACCCCAUGUAUUUUUUUCUGGGAAACUUGUCCUUCCUUGACCUCUGCAACUCCUCAGUCAUUGUUCCCAAAAUGUUGGCUGGCAUUGCAGCUGAGAGUAAAAGGAUUUCAUACAAUACCUGUGCUCUUCAGCUAUAUUUGUUUAUCUUAUUUUCAGAUAUAGAGUGUAUUUUGCUAGGUCUAAUGGCUUAUGACCGAUAUGUGGCUAUAUGUAAUCCACUGCUCUACACAGUCAUUAUGUCCAGAAAAGUUUGCAAACAACUGAUGGCUGUAGUAUACAUUAUAGGAACAGUGGAUUCAAUUGCAUAUACCUACUGCACAUUUCGACUUUCAUUUUGCAGCUCUAACAUCAUCAAUCAUUUCUUCUGUGACAUUCCUCCCCUGCUAGAGCUCUCAUGUUCUGAUACCUAUUUGAGUGAGAUUGUGAUGUUUGUCUUUGUUGCCUAUGUUGAAGCAGGCAGCAUUGGAAUGAUUCUAGUUUCUUAUGCAUAUAUCUUGAGCACCAUUCUGAGAAUGCGCUCUGCUGAAAGCAGGCAUAAAGCCUUUUCCACUUGUGCCUCUCACCUGACAGCUGUAGGGAUAUUCCACGGGACAGUUCUCUUCAUGUAUCUUCGACCCAGUUCCAGCUAUUCAAUGGACCAAGACAAAUGGGCCUCAGUUUUUUAUACAAUAAUAAUCCCCAUGCUCAACCCUCUGAUCUACAGUCUCAGAAAUAAAGAUGUGAAACAUGCCCUGAUUAAAACUCUGGGAAACACAGGCUUUUUUGAAAGGAAAUGA